AUGGAGAACUUUGACAGACAAACGGAAACGACCAAGAAAAUUAUUGAAAAUCUUAUCGACUUGAAUCAAUCUGGAUCAUUAAAUCGCUCGGGAUACUUAUGGAAACGCGGAAAUGGAUUCGGAAAAGUCUGGCAUUCUCGUUUUGUCACUGUUAAUAACCAACAAUUCAAGUUUUUCAAAAUCCAUGGCGAUGUUAUCGAAGACCGUGGAACAAUCGACUUAGUUACAGCUAGUGUUAGGAAAGAAAGCGAUUCUGGUCGUCCAAACUGCUUAAGAAUUACUGAUCCAUCUCAUUCCUGGAUUUUCCAAUGCCCAGAUCAAGCCGAAGCCGAUCUCUGGAUAGAUACAAUCAAAGAAAACGUCAGUUACUCACUCGAUCAUAGAGAUCAGAUGAAGUUUAUGGCAGAAGAUCUCAAAACCGAAGAAAAAUGUGCAGAUUGCGGUGCACCAUGCCCAACAUGGUGUUGCUUGAACUGGGGAACAUCCAUCUGCAUCCAUUGUUCAGGCGUUCACAGAGGAAUGGGCGUAAAUAUUUCAAAAGUCCGAUCUCUUACGCUCGAUAAGCUCGAUUCCGACUUCAAGAAGCUUUUAAAUAUGAUUGGAAAUGAGAGAGCCAACGAGAUUUUGCUUUCUGCCCAUUGUCCUCCCGAUGAUAUGCCAAGAGAAGAUUUAAUUCGCCAGAAAUACAUCGAAUUGGAGUUUAUUGAAAAGUCAUUCCUCAAUAUAUACGAUGCUAUUGAGAGAAUGGACUUUUACGCUGUUCUUAAGUGCGUAAUGAGCGGACAAUUAAGAGAUCCUGCCAAUAGAAUUGAAUAUUACAGCCAUCUGAUUAUAUCGAGAAGGAACUUCACUCCAACGAAGUCACAAACGGAGUAUAAUUCAAUUUCUCCGCUCCAUGUAGCAGCUGCAGUCGGAAAUAUCCCAAUUUUACUUCUUGUUGGUCUUAAUACUACUAAUAUCGAUAUAUCGGAUUUCGCUGGAUGGUCGCCUUUGUCUUACGCCGUGUUUUACAAAAAAUCUGAAGUUGUCCACGCACUUAUGAAGCUCGGAGUCAAUCCGGGCAAGUGCGAUCCAAGAGGAAAUCCUUACCAUAUUGCUGUCGUCAACCAGGAUAAAGAACUUGGAGCACUUUUCUUGCCAUAUUGGCAAGGAGACCCAACUCCACCAGAAAUAGAGGCACCGGUCGAUAUAAUGUCUUAA